ACUUAAACGAAUGGAGUAUAUCAAGACAGGUACUUCCUGGCAGAAGAACGUGGAACUGUUAGCCCAAAACCCUGCCCAAAACAGAUUGUCACACUAUUAGUUGCCAGCCUUGCAACCACAAUUUACCUACGAAGAUCAUCUAUUGCAGUUGCAAUCAUAACCCAUCGUCAGCUACUUACCUAAAAAUGUCAUCAGUAUUUUAACUAUAUACUUAGUAAACGUCGUCGACGUGAUCACAAAGCAAGCAUCAUGGUUAAGCUAGCAGACGUGUGGUCUGAUCCAGAAAUUACAAAUUGGCUGAAACUGUGGCUGGCAAUCGAUGAAACAACAACUGUAUUACGGCAAUUCGUUGAUGAUGAGAUGAAGAGUUUCCAUACUGAUAUUUUACAAUUUAUAAAGUCAAAAUUACAUCUUCCGACCAAUGCAAAAUGCACCAAUUGCUUAACUUUAAAUCUGAUUAAGUGUUUCACCAAUGGCAUAUGUAAACGAGAUCGGUCAGGCUGUAAAACGCAUAAAACAAUUCGUCAUCGAACAUGUCCACAGAAUAUAUGUGAUAAAUUUCGCGAUGAAAUUAUUAAAGAACAUAGAUAUUCUAAUUGUUCUUGGAAAAAUACAUCAGCAGAGGUAUGGGCAGACAACCGUUGGGAAGUCGCGAAAUGUUAUAUGCCUCCAGACGGGUAUAGUGGAGUUGGUACUUCUGAAGAUACAGACUUUAACGGGAUUAUAAGUGUAAUCAUUAACUGCAAGCGUUUUGAUAGCAAAUUAUCCUUUUCCAUAGCACCAGGAGCUGCAAAUCCACAACGUGUUUUGACAAAGGCACGCGAAAUAGGAAAGAAACUCCGACAUAUUACGAAAUUAAAAAUCACAGUCACGGAUCUUCAAGAUUAUUUUCAAACGUUGACAACUUUGUUAAGUGAUCCAGGCGUUCUGGCCCAUGACCCAAAUGCACGAACAGCCGUCAAAAAUUUGACUGAGAUACACAAUGACACAUUUAACAUGACGAUGGAAGACUUGACGAAGAUGUUGAAACAUGCGCACCAAGAAACUCCACUGAAAAGACAAUUAGAAGAGUGUUAAGAGGCUUUAGAUAAGCACAAACAAAAUUGCAUUGAUGAAAUCCUCGCAACCACAACAGAGUUGCACGCUACGGACUAUUCGUAUUGUGUUGAAGAAUUUCGGAAUAAUUUAAAACUGUUUUACCAAGAAAAGAAACGUCAUGUUCAAAGUAAUCCUCUGAUGCCCAGCGUAGACAUACAACUGCAGAAAAUUUAUGUCACACCAAGAAUAUGGAAAAUUGAAAUUGAAAAUAAUGGGACACGAAAAAGAACCAUUGAAAUACAUCAAUACAGUGACAUAAUUUAUAAAAACUGUAACAUUAACCGCCGCAUAUUUUUGCAAGGUGAUGCUGGUAAAGGAAAGUCUACCUUUGCCACACAAAUUGUACACGAUUGGUGCAACGAAUCGUCUCUGCGAAUAUCGCAAAACUCAGAAAACUUUACUGACGUUGAAAUCUUGCAGGAGUUCAGGUUUCUAUUUCACAUUGAAUUGAGGCAUUCAAUUGAUGGACGUGAUGUGGAAACGAUUAUUAAAGAGCAAAUUAUUGAUGAGAUAUACGCUGGCGAAGAGCGAUCGGAAAUAAACAAAUUACUAAGUGACAUUUUGAAGAAAGAAACAUGUUUAGUGGUUCAAGAUGGUCUUGACGAAUGGUAUGAUACUAAGGGGAAAAUCCCUUUUCCAUUGACUGUUACCACUCAUAAACACUGUACUACGCUGAUUACAACAAGACCGUAUAAAAUGACAGAUCCUAAAAUAAAAGACUCACAAAUAGAUUGUCUGAUAGAGCUGGAUGGAGUAAGUGAUCCAUAUAUGCUUUGUGAAAAAUGGCUCCUUUGUCUCAACAGUAACACCAGACCCGAAACAUUUAAAGAUUACGUACGCAGGUAUAGACUUGAAAACUUAUUAUCGACUCCAUUAAAUACUACAAUGAUUGUGUGGACUUGGCUUGGAAACAGCCAAGAUUGUCUAGGAUCCUUGUGUGAAAUCUACACUAACAUAAUUGAAGCUCUGCUUAUGAAGGCCAACAAUAAGACUGGAUAUUUUCAAACGCCACCAGUUCAAUGUUUCCAAAAAACAACGCAUAUACAACCUUAUAUGGCAGAAGUAGACGCUCUUUCGAAAUUGGCAUUUCAUCAGUUGUUUGGUCGUGAAAAGGCACGGUCUCUUGUUUUCAGUAACAGGGACUUAUCUCGAUACCUAUUGGAAGAUCAAAAGGUAUUUGCAUUGAAAUCUGGUAUUUUGUCUGAGACACGCAUCUCAACGGUCAAUAAAUUAGAACCUACGUUAUCCUUUUUCCAUAAAACUGUACAGGAAUUCCUAGCUGCAUUUUACAUUUCGAGGGACAACACUGUCGAGAGCUUUCAGAACAUCUUUGGCAACUUUGAAGACUCUUUUGAUGAUAUGAAACAGGUCUUCCUUUAUCUAUGUGGACUGAACAUUGGGGCAGCAAAUAAACUUUCGAUCAUACUUGAUGCACAAUAUUCUAAACUUCACCCUUACUCAGUGCAAUCCAUAAUCGCCAAAGGGUAUGAUGAAGCUAUUGCCAACCGGACACGUGAAAUAGACAUACACCUUAAACUCAGCACCAUAGAUUUGUCUCUUUCGAAUGAAACUGAAAUGAAAAUUUUACAGAUGAACAAGUCCAACAUUAUAUCAUUGAAAGUAGAUGAUGCUGGAAUUUCGCUUCAAUAUGUACAAGAAAUCGUUUCAUUGUCUGCACACUGUUUGGAAAAUCUUGAACUACAAUUAGAUAGUGAGUAUGGGGAACUGAAACUGUCAUCGUGUCGAAAUAUAAAAACUUUAAACAUUAUUGGUAAAGUGACUUUGUUACCGAAGAAACUUCGAGAUUUUAGAUAUCUAGAAGCUCUGACGUUAUGGUGUAGGUGUGAUAAUUUGGACUUAUCAAUGUGUAACAGUUUGAAAGAGUUAGAACUCGGGGGAGAAGAGAUUAUAUUGAUGCCAAAUUCUCAAUUCAAAUUGAACAUGUUACAAUCCCUUAUAUUAGCAUGCAAGUGUAAUUUAUUGGAGUUGUCCAUGUGCCCUAAUCUAGAGAAAAUUGAACUGUCUGAGCCAGUCACAUUAUCUCUGAAUGCGUUUAUUCGGCUUUCAAACAUCAAAAGCAUUUCAUUAUAUGGCCCGUUUGAAAUGUUGGACUUGUCAUCAUGUCCAAAUCUGGAAAGCGUGUGUUUUUCCGAAGAAGUAAAGAUGUACCCCAAUACUCUAAGAAGAACACUGAAUAUUAAAAGUAUAACCAUAUCUUGUCCCUGUGAAAGCCUGGACCUUUCUCUGUUUCCUCAUCUUGCGGAUGUCGAAAUUCAGGGACAAGUAACAUUAGAACCCGAUGCUUUUUACGAGCUAAGACAAUUGAAAUUACUUAUAUUGAAGUGCAACUGUGCGGGAUUGGACCUGUCGUCGUGUAAGAGAUUGAAGAAUGUUCAACUCAAAGGAAGCGUCAUCUUAAUACCAAAUGCUUUUAAAAAUCUACACAACCUGAUUUAUCUCAGACUUGACUGCUACUGUUCUAGUUUAGACUUGUCGACAUGUUACAAUCUUGAGCUGGUUGAAAUCGAAGGACAAAUGACACUGGCGUCAAAUGCUUUAACAAAUCUUAGCGAAUUAGUGACCCUUACAUUACAUUGCACCUCUAAAGAUUUAGAUUUGUCCUCGUGUAUCAAUCUGCAUAAGUUAGAUAUUGGUGAAAAUGUUUUAUUGUUACCAAACACUCUCACGAAUUUACAUAACUUACGAGAUCCAAACCAACGAAGGAAUGUCUAGUUGAUUUGCAACGAUAACGGAUUAAAUUUGAAAAGCGUUAGACUCAUUAAAAAUAGUUACAUUCAGCGAACAAGAAAACAAUUCGCAUUCUGUACAAUUACAACUCUCGGAACCAUGAUCAUUAUUUAUAUGUAAGACGAGAAAGACUAGUGCUGAUGGCAAGUGUUAUUCUAAAGCAAUUUGAGCAUUUAUAAAAAAAAAAGAUUAACUUAUCAAUUUGUAACGACUAUUUGGAUUGUUUGAUCAUCAACGGCAAAGAAAUAUUGAGAAUUUAAGUGCAAAUAUCAUAAAAUUAUACCGCAGUAAAAACUUUUUUUUUUAAUAAGUAUUCAUAUUUUAUAUACACCUUAUUUAUGAAUAGUGUGUUUACUUGAUAGGAAGUUCACUUCACGGACUAGAGUGGUUGACCUGAUUUCAAGUAUUGUCUGAUUCGCACAGUUAAAUAUUAAGUGAAGGAUAGUUUAUAUAUAUGUGUUGCUUUAAAUUGUGCUGUUGUUCUGUAUCGUGCUUGAUCAUGUGUUUCAAGCUAUUUUAUGGAAUGCACUUACUGUAUAACAAUCGUUAAGGUUUGUUAAAGGUUUUAUGCAAAAACAUUUUACUUUAACCAAAUGCAACUUUAAUUGUGAAUGUAAAUGGAGUCAUUGUUAUAACAAAACGUCAAUGGGUGAUGCUUAUGUUUGUGUAUGUUAAAAAUGCAUAUACGAGUUCAAGUAAAACGUGUAUGUGCGAUGUUAAUUUGCCUGUAUUAGCCUUUUGCUUUUGCUUAAUGUAACUAUAAUCAUAAGUUAAGAAAUAACAUGUAUGUCGUAUUUAUACGUCGAAUUAAGAUUCAGUCACACAUUCUUGCUUGGCUUGUAUUUGUAAAGGUCAUGAAUGAGAGUUAUUCAUUAUUAUAUUAGUUGCUUCCGUGUAUAGUCUGUUUUAAACAAGCUGCGUUUUCUGUAUUUCUUCGGAAUAUUUUGUUUUACCUUUGCAAUUGCUGUGGAUACAUAACAUUUAAGUGUGGGCACCUGCACGCCAAUUUGAUCCUGAUAUUUUGAUCGUUCUAUUAUGAGAUCAUUCUCAUUUAAUUGUGUGCUUAAAUGGUUGUGUGAUUGAAAAUAUGAUGUGUGCUAUGAUUUCGUAUCAUCUCCAUAAAAACAAAUUUAUAUAAUUUGGGACGAUGUACAUACAUUUAUAUACAAAUACAUUCUUGCAAUUGUUUUGCUAUAUCACUCGUUUAUGGUUGUAUGAUACUACAUUGUAGGAAAUGUAUUGUUAAAUAUAUAUGAAUAUAUAGAUUUUUAUGUUACCAUAUAAUCAUGCGUACUUCAUUUUUAAUAAAACUGUGGAAUGGGGUCCAAAGUAAUCGUGUUUGUAAAGAAAACGGAAUCAAACCACUCUUCAUAUAAGAAUAAGAAAUUAUGCCGUUCUUGAAUCUGUUUUAUUUUGUUUUUAAAUCACGAACAAUAACAUACAUUCUUUACAUCUAGAACUCAUAUGUAUGCUUACCGACACACAUAUAUAUGCACGCGGUUAAAAUAUUUCCACUGUUGUUCAAUUCUUAAACGUGUUUCCUUUACCAUGUACAAAAAAACUUAUCCGAUUGCAAAUGAAAUGUAGAGUAGCAUGUUUAACCAUAGCCACGAACAAACGUAUAAUUUGAAUUUAUGUCGUUGAAAUUGUUGGUUAAUACUGUUAAGAUUGUGUUAAGAAUAUGUAAUUAAAAUUGAUUUCACAUUUUUCAUUCAAUCAAAUUUCGCUUGAUGUCAAUAAACAUUUGGAAUUUUUGCAACAUGACAUUUUAAAUAUUCAUAAUGUUCAAUCUUAUUUAUAUUGUGUUGAUAUUGAAUACUAUUUAUGUGGUUAAGCUUACAUCAACAUAUAAUUGAAAGUGUGUCCUUGUUAGAUUUUUUUGGUUUGUGUUUGGUUUCAACUAUUUAUUCACAUACGUACAUGUAUACACAUAUAACAACAUACAAAUCAAUAAUCACGUACAGUUAUAUACAUUAACAAUUAUCUUAACAUUCAUUCGAAAUAUGUUGAUCUGUAUGUAAUAUUUCCUCAAUAAUUUACUAAUAUAUAUAUAUAUAUAUAUAUAUAUAUAUAUAUAUAUAUAUAUAUAUAUAUAUAUAUAUAUAUAUAUAUAUAUAUAUAUAUUUUGGUGAUUCAAAGUAUAUAAACAACCCAUACAUACAUUACAACAUAUAAUUUCUUUAUUACAAUUUGCUAGGCUUUUUUCUGACAUAGACUCACAUAAGGACAGUCUAAUAGUUAGUGUUUUAUUGUUUCUAAUUCCCCACAGUAAAGGCAUAGGGGCGAAUCUUUAAUUUUCAAGUAAACAGUUUUUCAUUAGUUGGAAUAAUUGUGUGGAUUAGUUUAUAUCUAAGUUGUCUAGACUUUGUGUUGAUAAUAACUUAUUUGAAACUCUUGUCCAGUGGUCAUGUACGUAUGUUUUAUCGCAUUUAUUCGCAAUAAAUAUUUGUUUUUGUAAUUUUUUAUUUAAACUAUAGAUAUUUAUAUUUUUGUUACAUGUACAAUUUAGAUCUGUUUUGACGUCGGAAUUAAACAAUUCAGUUGAUUACAAUGUUAUAAUCCACGCCUUUGGGAUUAUUUGUGUGUAUAUUUAGCUCAGCAAUCCAAUAAGAUUGUUUUCUAAUUUCGAAAUAAUGUGUGUUUCCUUAGCUAGACUAUCGUUCGAAAGUAAAUCGUUUAUGAAAAUUAUAUUAGAGUUUAUCCAGUUUUCGAAAAUAAGGCAUUUACCAUUAUGUUUGAUAUAUCGGGUUUCCUAUAUUACUUUUGUUCUUAUAUUAAAGUAUGUUAGUGCUUGUUUCGGUGAAUUGGCAUUGUUUAUUUGAAUGAAAUUGCAUAUAAUUUCCUCAUACAAGGCCGGUAUUUUCCAUUUUACUUUUGGUAGCGACUUAAUUGAAUUGGUGUUAAUUUUUAACAUUAAAAGCUUUUUUCCAAAUUGGUUCAAGAAAACAAAAGGAAUAGCUUUCCAAUUUGCAUUAUCAUCGUUACAUAGCAUUUUUACCCACUUCCUGCUCAGCGUAUUUGCAAAAAUGCUUGUCAGGCUUUCAAUUACACCAUCUUGCUUAUUGCAUAUUAAAAAAGAUCUUUAAUUUUUUCGGUUUUGUUAUUCCAUAAAAACUUAAAACACAAAGUGUUUAGGUCAUAUAGGGUAUUCUUUGAAACACGUGUUGACUGCAAAAGAUAUGCAAAUUUUGGGAGAAAGAAUACUUUGAUUACUUUUACCCUUCCAUAAAAUGUCAGGUUUCUCUUAGUCCACACAUUUAUUCCUUUUUGACAAGAUGCAAUUUUGUCAUUCCAAUGAAGCUCAUUACAUCUAACAGAAUUGAUCCAAAAGUAAGUGCAUAGGGCUUUAACAAUUGGACUUAAUUUUAUGUCCUGAAGUACACAUUCGUUUUCCCUUUUUGAUUUGCCAAGUAGUAUUCCUUCAGAUUUUAGUUUAUUUAGUCCGGGUAUUAACCCAAAUUCCUCGAUUAUAUUAAUUACAAUGGGUAUCUCUUCUGUGUUUUUCAAGAAAUUGUAGUAUCCUUUGCAAGUUGUGUGAUUUUAAUAUUUUAAACAUUUUGGUUGCAUUUUAUCGUUAUACCUUCGUAUUGAUUCGUAUUGAUUACAGGAACGGAGUUUUUUUUGCUUAUAUUUCGGCUAUAAAAAUAAAAAGAAGAGCUUAAAGAGGACAGCCUUGCCGAAUUCCUUUUUUCUAUUUUGAUGAAUUUUGAUUGUCAACAAUUAUUCGUUACAGAUGAACACAUAUCAUUAUACAUUAUAUAAUUAGUAUUUUUACCAUCUUUAUAAAGUUGCUCUUGAAACCGAAUUUAGUUAAGACAUUAACCAUCAUUGUCCAUUAUAUUGUAUUAAAUGCCUUCUUAAAAUCAACUGAUAAAAGAGUGCCAUCUAUGUUUAGCCGCUCUUAAUAGUCGAUUAUAUCUUUUAUAUGUCGAAUAUUGCAACCAAUAAACCUGUUUUUGAUAAAUUCAUGCUGGUAAGACUGAUGAUGUUUGGUAAAACAAUUUGUAAACGCAGAGCUAAAUCUCCUUCUAAAAUUUUGUAAUCGGAGUUUAGAAGUGAUAUGGGUCUCCAAUUUUCUAAAUUCUCAGGAUCAUCUUUCUUUAAAGCAGUGGAAAAUACAUUGUUUUGGGGUAUGAGUCAAUUCUCCCUUUUGAAUGCAUUCUAUAAAACAAUUCAGCAGUAAGAGUGAUAAAAUAUACCAACACUUUUAAUAGUAUCCACAGUUAAUGGCGCAGCCACGAGUGAAUAUAUAUAUUUUUUACGAUCACCAGUGAAUUAAAAUCGAUAUUUCAUUGAAUCCAACUAAUUUUCUAUUUAUUGUAUGCUUUUUCUCCGUUUAUUAACAUUGUAAAAGUGUUAAAUUUGAUAAUUUCGCUGGAUUUAUGACGUUAUUUCGUCGAAAAAAUGACGUCAUUUCACAGUAAAGCAGUGAAGAAUAUCAAUAUUUUUUGCUGUUAUUUUUCACUGUUUAAAUAAGAGAAAUAUGAGUUUUACUUCACUGAUAUUUCUAUAUAAACCACUUGAAAGCAUAAAAUAAAUGAAAAUCUGUUUAUGUGACGGUUGUGUCAAGAGUAAUCGAGUUCAGGUAAAACUCUGAAUCGAAGUUUGUAAAUGCAUUUGAUUUAUAAUGAUUGAUAGAAAAUUGCGUCUUGAUUUAAACGUGUAGAUAACGGUGCGUGUAUUGAUCAUGUAACACCUCAAAAUAUAAUAGUGCCAUAAUUACGUUAACAUAUAGAUAUGAUCGUUGUUGUAUUUAUAUACAAUAUUUUUCAUAUUGGUAUUAAAUUUAUUUGUCUUUAUUGUACGUACCGUCAACAAGAUGAGAAUUCCGAUUAUUGUUUUUUGUAGAAGUGCACAUACAUAAUUACGUAUUGCCUAUUAAUGAUUGCUUUAAGAAAGACCAAAAUAGUUGUCUUGCUUGCCGAGUAAAACGUUUUAUCCAC